GAAACAAAUUUAAAGAUGACAAAAGUACUACAAAAAGUCAAUAUUUUAAAGAAUAAAAAAAAACUCAACCAUCCCUUUUAAAUUCAUAUAUGUACAUUUCUUCCCUCUCUCCAUCAUCCUUAGCUUUACCUUGGCUCUUUAUUUUAAUUUCCAAUGGUUUUGCGUGGCGAAGAGCUUGAGUUUAAUCUAAGAGAAUGGGCACGACAAGGCCAUUUAACUCGCGAAGAUCAAAGUUCUAGAAGGUUCUCUGCCUCUUGUAUCCGAAGCUUCCGAGAAGACCACAAGUCUUGUACAACAAACGUCACCAUCUCUAGUACUGCCUCUUCUCCGGGUUACUCCCUCAAAGAUGAGAUCGAUCCAUCAAAUUAUUCCUUCAGUAGUGCACUCAAGGCAUUGCAAGCAAAAUCAGUGUACAAGAAGAAUUGGGAUUGGUUGAAACCAGAAGGAGUUGAGCUAAACUCGAAAUGGAACGAAGCAGAGAAGUAUAUAUGCAAUCCUUUAUCUGGUGAAGUUCCUUUGGAGUGUUUGUCUUCUAAAACCCUAAAUUCAAGAUCUUUCAGAAACUUAUCCACCAAGCAUGCUCCACUCAUGAUUUUACCUUCUAAUUAUAAUCUCAACAUUCCAAGAACGGUUAAUCCUAAAGUUAGAAUCAUUCAUGAGGAUCCUAGAUCUCCCGAUCCUGUUCUAAUUCAAGAUAAGAAAGUUGUGGGGUCUAAACGAGAUGUCGUGAGUGCACAGGGAAAUGUUAGUGCAGCAAAGACGACGCCGAUCAUGGAGAGAUUAACGAAAAGACAGGUGGGAGCUGAUGAUUCGCCUGUUGAGUAUGCACUAAAGUUGAAAGCUCAACAAGAGGAUGUGAAGUUAGAAGAAAAUGAGCAAAAUAUGAUGACAAAAGAAAUUCAAGAAGAAAAGAAAGAGAAGAAGAAGAGAAGAGGAAGUGGGUUUUCCUCAUGGAUAAGGAAAAUGCAAAGACAACCAAGAAAAUCCAAAUGCAUAUUUCUCAUUUGUCUUCCUCAUCUUAUCAAAGCUUCUUGAGAUUCAAACCAAUCAUUUUGGGAUAUUGGUUACACAAUAUUGGAGCAAUGUAUGCAAGAUCAUAUGCCAAUUUCUAUCCUUUUUUGCUUGUAUAUUUAUAUAUAUAAUAUGGAUUUUCCUGAUCAUAGAGUUUUUUAUUGAACUUAUUAAUGUUUUUACUGGCA